AUGUCCACUCCGGGAGAACGGAACUUCUCCCAGAAACUCAUGGGACUAGAGGCUUGCAACCUGCCCAUGGGUUUUAAAAUUUUUAUGCAAAACACAGUAAUAGAAAAGACUCUCCUGAUUCCGGAGGAAAGCCUGGUACGCUACCGAAACGGAAAAGGACUAAGAUGGCGAUCUGUACUUUACGCACGUACGCUUGCAUCGGAAGCAGCCAUCGAAGAUCUGAUGAUGAAAGCCAAGAAGAUCAAGUACGAUGUCAUCGGACUGACCGAGACGAGACGACGUCACCCUCUCAACGCCGUAUAUGAAACUGGAGAAGAACUGUUCUUAGGAACAUGCCACAGUAGAGGUGUUGGUGGAGUUGGCGUCCUCGUCAACACGAGUAUUGCAAAGAACAUCGACUCUUUUGAACAACUUACGACCCGAAUCGGACGUCUGCGGAUGAGAAGAUGUGGUCCAACACCAGCUUUGACUAUCUUCGUCGCUUACGCUCCAACAUCAAGCUACGAAGAAGAAGAAGUCGAAGCUUUCUAUAUCGAUCUGGAGAAGUUCUACCGAGAAGAUCAUGCCUUCUACAAGGUCAUAAUUGGCCAUUUCAACGCCACAAUUGGCCCAAGAAGAACGCCGGAGGAACUUCACAUCGGGACUAAGACCAUCCAUGGGAACUCGCAAUUCCAAAAGCCUUCCUCUCUACGCUGGACGUGGGAGUCAAACGGUGGAGGAUACGGUAAUGAAAUAGACCACAUCAUCGUCAAUAAAAGGUUCUGCCUGACGGACGCCGCUGUUGUACCAAAGUUCUAUACGGGAUUGGACCAUCGCCUCCUCCGAGGAAGAUUUUCCUUCACAAGGAGAGCAGAGAAAGCCGCCAAGUUCAGAUGGAGAAAUCCCAGGACUAUCAUCAACUGGGAUCUCUUCACAACGUUAGCCGGCUUUGGGGAAGAUUCCGCAAUGGACGACAUCGACGAGGAAUAUGACCGGCUUGUCGAACACCUUCACGACUGCGCGAAGAAGGCUGAGACAGCACGAGCCGCAGGGAACCAAGAACUCACGUCCGAGCUCGCAAGGCUUUGCAGAGAGGCGAUAAAGGAAGACCUUAAAGAGAGAAGAGCAGAAGUGCUGGCUGAAGCUGGAGAGGCGGGGAAAAGCAUCCGCUAUGCCCGUCGAGACUUCGCCAGUCGCAAGACAAGGAUGACUGCUCUCCGGAACCCAAAGGGAACAUCCAUUGCAUCGAGAAGGGGGAUGGAGAAAAUCAUCUACGACUUCUACUCUGAUCUCUUCGACAGCCAUGUCCACUUGUCUUCUCACCAUCUGAGGGAAGACGGACAAGUCAUUUCAGAGGUUCUCCCGUCCGAAAUACGACAUGCUAUCGUGUCGGUAAGAAAUCGUACGGCACCCCGUCCCGAUAGAAUAAGACCAGAACACCUGAAGAACCUUCCGCCAGUACUCAUCAACACCCUGGCGAGGCUCUUCACACGUUAUCUAUCGGAAUGCAAGGUUCCUAAACAGUGCAAGACUGUGUUGUUGUAUAAAAAGGGAGAUCCACAUCAAGACAUCGGCAACUAUCGUCCAAUCUGCUUACUGUCCGUCAUCUACAAGCUCUUUACAAGGGUGAUCCUUAAUAGGAUUGAAAAAGUCUUGGAUGAAGGACAGCCAUGCGAGCAAGCAGGGUUUCGAAAAGGAUUCAGCACGAUUGACCACACUCACACUGUUUCGAAACUCACCGAGGUAUCACGAGAGUACAAGAUGCCGCUCUGUCUCACCUUCAUCGACUUGAAAAAGGUCUUCGACUGUGUGUCCAAGGCCUCCACGACCACUUCCGUCUCAACUGAGUCGUCAAGGCGUCCCUACUCAGUACAUAAAGCCACCCUCGAGAACGCAAUGCGACAGUUGGAAUGGGACGACAUGGGAGUGAAGGUUGACGGUCGGCAGCUACACCAUUUGCGCUUUGCUGAUGACAUCGCACUGAUAACACCUAACAUCAGCCAAGCGGAACGAAUGCCGACCGAAAUUCGACGAAACAUGUGGAUGCAUCGGUCUUCAGCUGAAUCUGGAAAAGACGAUGUUCAUGCGAAACUUAUGGCUCUCGGAUGCCCCAUUUAUGCUCACCGGAACGAACAUAUCGGAGUGCACUAG